AUGUUCUCGGGCAGUCCGACGGGCGCGCGGACGGAGAGGCGCAUGGGGGCUCGACGGACGGUGCCCAUCGAGGCCACCGCGUACAGCAGCGACUGGCGCAGCUGCGGCUGGGAGUGGGGCCUCGCGUUGGGCCCGCUCCCGCUGUACCUGCCCCUGUGCGCGGGGGUGCGCCCCUCGGGAACGGUCGCGUGGCCGUUGGUGCCGAGGCGUCGGCGGGAGAAGGUGGAGGACAAGCCCGCGCUGGUGCUCGGCGGGGCGACGCUCGCCGUGUUGGGGGCGUUCGGGGUGGCGGCGCACGCAGUCUUCUGCGCGGCCGCGGGAGGAGGCUCGAGAUGGCGCCGGAAGGCUGCGAAGGCGCUCAGGAACGGGGACGUCACGGCGAAGAUGACCACCGCCGCAUGCGCCGGUGCGCUGCUGGGCGCGACGCAGUUCCCCAUCGGGCGGUACUGGGGCGAGAGCCACAUCGCCGGGUGCAAGUACCACGGGGUGACGGCGAUGGGUACGCGGCCCGAGGAGGUCAGGCCGGUGAUCUGGCGCCACGACGUGCUCCGCGACCCGGUGGGCUUCCUCGGGAGGCUGGUCACCAUGCGUUGGGGCGCGGCGGAUGGAACAAUCGCCGCAGACACCGACCAUUACCCGCACGGAACGAGGAUGCACGUGCCCGGGUACGGGUGGGGGGUGGUCGAGGACCGGGGCGUGGACAUAAAGGGCCCGCACAGGAUAGACCUGUACUACGGGCGGAGGCGGAGGGCGCUCCGGUUCGGACGGCAACGGGUCGACGUCGCCGUGGAGGAGGCGUGA